AUGGACGCCAGUCGGACACUCUUUGAACUGAAGUCAACGUUCAUCAGGGCGCAAGUGCGCAUCUUAUCAGAAAGCCUAGAAGCACCGGAGGAUUGGAGAAGUUACGCGACUGGGUCGGAAGAAGAUGAGUUGAGCGAUAAGGCGGUUCAGGAUGCUCUGCAGAAAUUGAAUGCUACGUUGAAACAGCACAAUCGCAUCAUCUACUCUUCCCAAGCCAUUCAACAUGUCGCGCAGCAGAUUGCAAGCCUCUACUGGUCGUUAGUGAGCGAAGCCACACGUAAUGAGGGACUCGGCAGCAAGCGCGUGGAAAAAACAGUAGAUUUGUGCAGUCACUUCAAUAUCGCCCAACUACCCGUGGAAUUAGUGGACCAAUCUGCGACUGAGGAACAACGUUCAAGAUACCGGAGGUUACGAGAACAGCUGGUGCGUCUUGACAGUAAGCGACAACAACGACAACGGCGCCUUAACCAGCUACGGCGGCUACAAAGUCUGCUCGAACCGUUCCUCGAGCCGCAGAAAAAUAUCCAACCGAAUCUUGUCAUGAGAGAUGGAGAGCUGGUCCAAGAGUUGGAAAAAAUGAGGAUGCUCGUUGCACGAGUUGGAGGUCGAAUCGGGCAGAGUAAGGGGAGCCAGAAUACGGAGGGAACUCCGCCGUAUGCCUUGGGUUCGGAUGAGAAGCUGGCCGCGCUCCUUGACAUGUCUUAA